AUGGCUUACAAAACGUCAUAUCAGGAAGACUCGGACGCAGACGACGAGUACGAGCGCUCUGUCGUGUCUCCUGCUCUUCCACCGGAUUUUGAAUCAUCCCCUACAGACUCCGACGCUCCCUCUACCGAACAUACACCCACUACAUUUACACAUUCUGCGGGGGAUAGUCAUGCUUCCCCAACCGGGCGGAUGAACGAAUGGACCUCUGAGCAGUGCGCAGACUGGGUCUCGAGUCUAGGACUACCCCAAUAUGGAGAUACGUUCCUUGACGAGGGCAUCUCUGGGGAUGCUUUAAUAGCCCUGCACCACGCCGAAUUGAAAGAAAUGGGCAUGAGUAGUGUUGGCCAUCGCCUCACGAUACUCAAAAGCGUCUACGACGUCAAAGUGAAGCAAAACAUCCACAUUGAACCUGAUCAUUAUGUGCCCCUCUCAGCAGAAGCGGGCCCACAGGAAACACCUCCCACGCAAGAUGACUUCGCCCGUAUAAUCCGCAUUAUCAAGGACCGUGACGAACGGAUACAUACCGCCGAGGCGGAGCUGCGCAUACUCAAGGAUGACCUUCAAAGAAUCAUGGACGAGAACCGAAGGUUGCGAGAAGAGUUCUUGCCUGUUGUUCGGUUAGUAAAGGACCGGUCACAGCCCUUACCAACUCCCGACGGGCAAGACGGACAUAUGAACUCGCCGGCAGGACAAGAACGAACAGGUAGUAGUCUUUCUCGAAAAUUCUCUACGAAAAAGCUGUUCCUGGGAAAUGCCCCGAAAAACCCGUCACCCACUAUUUACGAAGGCAGACCACUUACCGACGCUUCACAUCUAGAACAAUCUGCUGCCGCCCUCGCAGCCUCGAACAACCUCACCGCAUCUCUGGGUGCUGGUCACGCUACGUCCCCGCACUCAAUCGCGCAUCCGUCUCCGACAUCUCCAGCGUACAGCCAACAUACAGUAGCCAACUCCAUCCGCACUGUUCCAAGAACAGAAUCACGAACUCACACCAACGACGAUAAUUACUCUUCUUACAAUGACCGAGAUACCACACGCGGUACAACUCCAAACCCCCUGAACGCUCGUCCACUUCGUUCCAAUGUCUCUGUCAGUACACCGGAUGCCAUCGAUCCGCCUUUGUCAGGAGGCACUAUCACGUCGUCGGGGGCAUCCAUUGCGCCAACGCCUACUACGAGCGGCUCAUCCAAUCCACAGGUCGAGAUCUUCAAGUCUUUCCGCGUGUCCAUAGAUGAUCCUUGUCAUAAGGUUCUUCCCGUCGCGCUGAAGAAAUACAACAUAACAGCAGACUGGCGGCAAUAUGCACUUUACAUUGUACAUGGAGAUCAAGAAAGAUGUUUAGGUCUCAACGAGCGGCCACUGAUUCUUUUCAAGCAAUUGGACAAAGAGGGACGAAAGCCCAUGUUCAUGCUGCGGAAGCAUGCUGCGCCGGAGCAAGGUCACGUGAGCACCGUUUCAGGAGGUCCUCCCCAAAGCGUUGGCCAGGGCUCAUUCGACAACAGCCAAAGCAGGUGGACGGGUGGCUCUGUACAACUACCUGGUGGCGUGCUAUAA